AUGGAAGGUGAAUUUGAAGCGGAAGAUAGAGAAGAGCAAGAGAGCUUCAAAAGCUGCUUGACAGUCGUGGAAGUUGUUGCGGAUAAAGAUGGAACUGAAACAUUAUAUUCUCCUGAACACGAAAAGUAUAGCAACCAGCUUGUUGAAGAACUUCCUGCUAAGGUCACAGAUGCAGAUACGACAAGUCAGGCGGAAGACGAAGGACUAUUACCAGCUAUUGCUAAACUUCAAAGAUCCCACAGAACGAGUGCUCCAAGGGAAAAAGAUCCAGAGGAUGAAGUAAGUAUUACCUCAAUAAGACAAAGACUUCCACAUAAAAAGGUGAGUGAACUUAUCCUCAAGAAGCUGGCGGCAUCUGUCUUCCAACAGCAGCAGACUGAGAGCUUUAAUGAUUCCACUACUUGCAAGGACAUGCCAAUGAAUGAUUCUCACGAAUGUAUAGGCAACAUGAAUUCCUGCUUAGAAGGGCAGUAUGUAAACGAUGAAUAUUUUGGGGAAGAAUCCUUCUUCUCCAGCAUUCCUGAAGAUUUUAUCUGCCCUUUCACUGGAGAGUUGUUUGAAGAGCCAGUAACCCUGGAGACUGGUCAAGCUUUUGAUCGAACAGCAAUCAAAGAAUGGUUUGAUCAAGGACAUAAAACAUGCCCAGUGAUAGGACAGACCUUAAAAUGUCAUGCUUUGCCAACCACUAGCUUUGUGUUAAAACGUGCUAUUGAUCACUGGAAAUCAGAACAUCGUAGGAAUCUCCAGGCUUCUGCGUGCCAAAUUGAGGGAAACCAGUCAGCACAUGAAAUUAGAUCCAAAGAUGAAAGAGCAAUUCUGGUAUUAGAACAACUUCUCUUUUGUUCAACAGCAGAGGACAGAUGUGCAAGUGUCAAACAACUGAUAUCUCUUGGAGGUCUGCAAUAUCUGACUCAAUGA